AUGAGCAACACAAGCAAAGCCAAAGCGUCCGCCGUAGACUCGCUUAGAGCCGCCUGUGCGGACACCGCAGCUGAAGCACAACGCGCUACCAUAGCAACGGGGCAGGCCAGUCGAGUGUAUGGCACCAACAACAAAUACCCCACCAAGAAAGCCGCGCAGGAGGCUAAGAUAGCUGCGGCCAAGGUGAAACGGGAAGCCAAAGCUAUUGCCCAGGCGAAGGCGUGA